GCCAUUUAUAUGACGUCAUGGGCGGAGUUUAGUUGAAGAUCGAAUUCGGAUUCGGUUGGCGGGCGCGGCCAUCUUGGUGAAUAAGUGACCUGGCGAUUUGGAUUUAGUUAGUGAAAAAUCAGUUGUAAUCCACAAUGUCGGAAAGGGAAGAUAAUGUGUAUAAGGCUAAAUUGGCCGAACAGGCCGAGCGUUAUGAUGAAAUGGUUCAGGCAAUGAAGAAUGUCGCCUCGUGCAACGUAUCAGACAAUGAGCUCACAGUAGAGGAGAGGAACCUCCUCUCCGUUGCAUAUAAGAAUGUCAUAGGAGCCCGCCGAGCCUCCUGGAGAAUCAUAUCAUCCAUUGAACAGAAAGAAGAGACAAAAGGCGCGGAGGACAAGCUGAACAUGAUCCGCGCGUACCGCAGCCAGGUGGAGAAGGAGCUGCGCGACAUCUGCUCCGACAUCCUCGGCGUGCUCGACAAGCACCUCAUACCCAGCUCGCAGACCGGCGAGUCCAAGGUCUUCUACUACAAAAUGAAGGGUGACUACCACCGGUACCUGGCGGAGUUCGCGACGGGCAACGACCGCAAGGAGGCGGCGGAGAACUCGCUGGUGGCGUACAAGGCCGCCUCCGACAUCGCCAUGACCGAGCUCCCGCCCACGCACCCCAUCCGCCUCGGCCUCGCGCUCAACUUCUCCGUGUUCUACUACGAGAUCCUGAACAGCCCGGACCGCGCGUGCCGGCUGGCCAAGGCCGCGUUCGACGACGCGAUCGCGGAGCUGGACACGCUGUCGGAGGAGAGCUACAAGGACUCGACGCUGAUCAUGCAGCUGCUGCGCGACAACCUGACGCUGUGGACGUCGGACAUGCAGGGCGACGGCGAGGCGGAGGGCGAGCCCAAGGAGCCGGCGCCCGACGCCGACGACCAGGACGUGUCGUAAGCGCGCCCCGCCCCGCAGACGCGACGUUACGUGUGCCCAUAGAUUCACAUCGAGACGUUCGUUCCGGUACUUUGGUAUUGCAUUUUAUGUACGUCGGUGAGAAUGUAUUUUCUUAACGUUAACUCGAUCUCUACCGUUGAUUAGCUUCCCCGCUCCCGUAGCGUUCGUUAGUCUCCUCUCCGGGGCGGGCUCUCGGCGGCCGCUCUCCGAACUGUAAAUUUUCUAAGUAUUUUGUACCGCGUCCGCGAGCGUCCGGCCGCGGCUCCGUUAGCACAAAGGCGUCGUGCCCGCAUCGCAUUACAAACGUUUGGAGUAUUCACACUUGGAUCGCUUUAAUUACUUACGAGUAUUGUGAUAGAGAUUUGUAUAUUUAAUUUAUUUUAUAAUUUCGCAUAUUUGUCGAGAAUAUCAUCGUGUAGCGCUAUACAUGUUAUCUGUACGAUUUUUACAGGACGAAAACGGUAGUUGUAAAGUUGUGCUAGGUUAAGGUUUAGCACUCGGUGAAUAAUUUAUUUGCGACGUAGAGCCCGAAACAUUCCAUCUCGUAUGCGCUAUGUGCUAUCCGUGGCGAGUGCGUGCCCGAGUAAGAUAUUAGCGUUAUUUUUAUUUGAAUUUGUAAUAUUGCAUAUAUUUUUGUUAAUUUAUCCACAAAAAAUACUGAUGCAGUUAGCCUUAGUGUUAUGCAAUAUUGAUUUAUGUCCUACCAACUACUGAAAAUUUAUUGUAAAUGACAGUGUAAAUCUAAUAAUAAAAUUCAAAAGUCCA